AUGGACGGAUCAGUAACGACACAACGAACUCGCUCGCCGCCGAUUCGGCCAGCGCGACCAGAGAUAGGAGUUGACAAUGUCUCAUACGGCCGCCCUUCAGCCGAAUACUUCGCGUCUGUGACGGCGACAGCACAGCAAGGCCAGGCCGACGACGGAAGACGCAGCACCGACACGACCCCAAAGCCCCGCAAACGCAAAUCAGCGCGAUAUUCGGUUGGCAAUGGCAAUGGCACAGGCGUCGAAGGCGCAGAGAGAAAAGGCUCAAUACGCAACGCGGUGCGGCGCUUAUUUGGCAGGAAGUCCAAGGGCGAUGUUCCAGAAGUGCCCGCCAUACCACGGGUAGAAGCGUCGCGACAUGGCUACCACAAAAGCCGGCCACAAACAAUUCAUACGCACCCAUCUGACGCCAUUCACCAACGCAUCAUCUCUGCACCCCUCUCGACUCACCUCGCGGGCCCGCUGUCCGCUCCUUUCCAGUCGCAACACCCUCAUGACUACAACACCACACCGGCUCGCGCGUCACCUAGCUAUGCCGUUGAAUUUCCUAAGAGUGCCCGCCUAAAGCCUCUAGACCUGGCCAAUCCAUUCUAUACCCGCGAUCAUGGUCCAAAGCGGAGAGCCACCCUGCCCAGUCUAAUCAUGACUGCUAACGAAGCGGCCGAUAUCUCGAACACACUACAACCGGGUCAAGACACAAGAGCUGUGGACGUAGAAUCCGAUACUGGGCAGCGGACGGCAGGUACAGGGCAGAACCUCACUCGGUCGGCCUUGACAGCCGACGCCAGGUCGAGGAUGGACAAGAGGAGGUCGCGUAGUGCAAAUGAUCUCAAGCAAGCAAUGGUAGCCGCUGAAUCUUUUCGGGAUCGUACUGGUGAGAUUGAGUACUGGCGCCGGAGCUAUGCCAGCGUCCUCCUCAGCCCGACCGGGAAAGCUCCCGUCUACGAAUAUCCACCCGCCGAUGACGAGGUCGAUGCAGCGGAUGUACCUGACGUGCCUGAUGUGCCUGAAGUACCCGAAGUGCCUGAACACUACACCAGGGAGCCGGACUUUGUCUCGGUUCCGACACCUCUGUCAGCACAUCCUCCUCUGCCACGCUCUGAUGCUGUCUCGCUUCCCUCCACGCGUGGACAACCAGUGCCUGCAAAAGAUCCAUCUCCUCAAUUGACUGUGCGCUCCUUUAGUCGCCCGCUCACUGCACCUGCGAUGGAGACUCCUGCUGAUCUGGAGUCUCGUGUUGCCAAACUUGAGGCUCACCUCGUUGACUUCCAGCGGUCGUUGUCUAACCUCGCCCUGUCUAGCCCUUCAGCCGUAGCUCCAACCGAGCCACCCGGCUCAUCACAUCGCCAGCAAACGCCCAGCAUCUUUGUUGAGUCAAUGCAAGCGCCCACUCGAGGUUAUGAAGAUGCUGGCGAUAUUAUGGAGCGCGAGUGGGGCCCAAGCAGUCAUGGUAGCACAAAUGGCGAUCGUCCUAACCUCGCACCUCCAACUCUACGCAGUACUGCUGUCACAUCCAAUGGCACCUUUACUGCCCUUUACAACAUGUUAUCCGAAGAGCGUUCUGCCCGCCGCAUCCUCGAGAAUCAAGUUCGUAACCUCCAGCACGAGGUUACUCGCCUGCAACUUUCGCGCGGUAGCUGGGGUAGCUACACAGCACAGUCUCUUCCGCAAGGUCAACGACCACGUACCCCUGCAGAGUCAGAUGGUGGCCGCAGCGCCUCGCGUCUGGAGGCAUACAAUGCCCUUUCCUCGCCCGCCACUGUUGUACCGCCAGCUUCCUUUCUGCGUGCUUUCGACAGACCUGACGCUCGAAUCCAGAGCCGCUUUUCUGGUGACUCUGGAGAGGACAGCGAAUACGGUUCUCGCCACCGUAGCGCUGGCGUUGACAGUGGUCGUAGGAGUAUUCCUCGCAGCUCGGUACGCCAGACGCCCCCGAACUACGAGUACGGCCGUGUAGAGCCACCAACUCCGUAUGAACUGUACCGCACGCCUGCCGAAGAAAGAGGUGCUUACCGAUUCAGCGAAGACGAGAUGUUCUGA